GCUACCGUCGCCACUCACAGUCGCCGCGCGCUGCUCAGAGCCGGAGGGAGCGCAGCGAGCGGGCGAGCGAGCAAGCGAGUAGCGGGGGCGCCUGGUCGUUGUCUGAGCUCGGGCCGGUCGUCUCCACCGCGCUCCGGGGCCCCCGAGAGGAACGAGAGGCGGCCGAAGAGUACAGGAGCGGAGCCCGGAGAGCCCUCGGCGGAGGCGCCAGUCCCUCACUCCACCUCCUCCUGUGCCAGCCGGGGAGUGCUCGCCCACCGCCCCGCCGGCCCAGAGCCUGUAGCCCGGGUCCCCGCUGUCCCAGGGAUGGUCUAGGAGCCUGCAAGGGGCUCGCAGCUCCGCUCCGCUCCUCUCCCGGACUCUCUGCCUACUACCGACCGCUCCCGGCUGCGCGCCCCGCCGGCCCAGGCCGGAGAAGUUAGUUGUGCGCGCCGCUUAGCGCGCGAGCCAGCAGCCGGGCGAGCGAAGCUGCGAGGCACCGGGACCAUGGGCUGGGGUUGGGGGAGCCGCUGCUGCUGCCCCGGACGGCAGGACCUGCUGUGCGUGCUGGCGCUGCUCGCUGGCUGCCUGCUCCCAGUGUGCCGGACUCGCGUCUACACCAACCACUGGGCAGUGAAGAUCGCCGGCGGCUUCGCGGAGGCCGACCGCAUAGCCAGCAAGUACGGAUUCAUCAACGUAGGACAGAUCGGCGCACUGAAGGACUACUAUCACUUCUACCAUAGUAGGACCUUUAAAAGGUCUGUUCUCUCAAGCAGAGGGACCCACAGUUUCAUCUCCAUGGAACCAAAGGUGGAGUGGAUCCAGCAGCAAGUGGUGAAAAAACGGACCAAGAGGGAUUACGACCUCAGCCGUGCCCAGUCCACCUACUUCAACGAUCCCAAGUGGCCAAGUAUGUGGUACAUGCACUGCAGCGACAACACACAUCCCUGCCAGUCAGACAUGAAUAUCGAGGGAGCCUGGAAGCGAGGUUACACGGGGAAGAACAUCGUGGUGACCAUCCUGGAUGACGGCAUCGAGAGAACCCACCCUGAUCUGAUGCAAAACUAUGAUGCUCUGGCAAGUUGCGAUGUGAAUGGGAAUGACUUGGACCCGAUGCCUCGUUACGAUGCAAGCAAUGAGAACAAGCACGGGACCCGUUGUGCUGGAGAAGUGGCAGCCGCUGCAAACAACUCUCACUGCACCGUUGGAAUCGCUUUCAACGCCAAGAUUGGAGGUGUGCGGAUGCUGGAUGGCGAUGUCACAGACAUGGUGGAAGCUAAGUCUGUCAGCUACAACCCACAGCAUGUGCACAUCUAUAGUGCCAGCUGGGGCCCGGAUGACGACGGCAAGACUGUGGAUGGGCCAGCUCCCCUCACCCGGCAAGCCUUUGAGAACGGUGUGAGAAUGGGGCGGAGAGGCCUUGGCUCUGUGUUUGUCUGGGCAUCAGGCAAUGGUGGAAGGAGCAAGGACCACUGCUCUUGUGAUGGCUACACCAACAGUAUCUACACCAUCUCCAUCAGCAGUACAGCUGAAAGUGGAAAGAAACCUUGGUACUUGGAAGAGUGUUCAUCUACACUGGCCACAACCUACAGCAGUGGAGAAUCCUAUGAUAAGAAAAUAAUCACUACUGAUCUAAGGCAGCGGUGCACGGACAAUCAUACCGGGACGUCAGCCUCAGCCCCCAUGGCUGCUGGCAUCAUUGCCCUAGCCCUGGAAGCCAAUCCGUUUCUGACCUGGAGAGACGUACAGCAUGUUAUUGUCAGGACUUCCCGUGCGGGACAUUUGAACGCUAAUGACUGGAAAACCAAUGCUGCUGGUUUUAAGGUGAGCCAUCUCUAUGGAUUUGGACUGAUGGAUGCGGAAGCCAUGGUGAUGGAGGCAGAGAAGUGGACAACUGUUCCUCAGCAGCACGUUUGUGUGGAAAGCACGGACCGGCAAAUCAAGACCAUUCGCCCCAACAGUGCUGUGCGCUCCAUCUACAAAGCGUCGGGCUGCUCGGAUAAUCCCAACCAUCAUGUCAAUUAUCUGGAGCACGUGGUUGUGCGCAUUACCAUCACACACCCUCGGAGGGGAGACCUGGCCAUCUACCUGACCUCACCCUCGGGAACCAGAUCCCAGCUUUUGGCCAACAGGCUGUUUGAUCAUUCCAUGGAAGGGUUUAAGAACUGGGAGUUCAUGACCAUUCAUUGCUGGGGAGAACGGGCUGCUGGUGACUGGAUCCUUGAAGUUUAUGAUACUCCAUCUCAGCUGAGGAACUUCAAGACUCCAGGUAAAUUGAAAGAAUGGUCCUUGGUCCUCUAUGGCACAUCUGUACAGCCCUACUCCCCAACCAAUGAGUUUCCCAAAGUAGAGCGCUUCCGCUACAGCCGAGUGGAAGAUCCCACGGACGACUAUGGGGCUGAAGAUUAUGCAGGUCCUUGCGAUGCUGAGUGCAGUGAGGUUGGCUGUGAUGGGCCAGGUCCAGACCACUGCAAUGACUGCUUGCACUACUACUACAAGCUGAAAAAUAACACCAGAAUCUGUGUCUCCAGCUGCCCUCCUGGCCACUACCAUGCUGACAAGAAGAGGUGCCGGAAGUGUGCGCCCAACUGUGAGUCCUGCUUCGGCAGCCACAGUGAUCAGUGCCUAUCCUGUAAAUAUGGCUACUUUCUGAAUGAAGACACCAACAGCUGUGUUACUCAGUGCCCUGAUGGGUCGUACCAGGAUACCAAGAAGAACAUUUGUGAGAACUGCAGGGAGAACUGUAAGACGUGCACCGGACUCCACAACUGCACAGAGUGCAAGGGCGGGUUAAGUCUUCAGGGAUCCCGCUGUUCUGUCACCUGCGAGGAUGGACAGUUCUUCAAUGGCCACGAUUGCCAGCCCUGUCACCGUUUCUGUGCUGCCUGUGCCGGGGCCGGAGCAGAUGGGUGCAUUAACUGCACUGAGGGUUACUUCAUGGAAGAGGGAAGAUGUGUACAGAGCUGCAGUGUGAGUUAUUAUUUGGACCAUAAUUCAGAUAGCGGAUACAAAUCUUGCAAGAGAUGCGAUAACAGCUGUUUGACAUGCAGUGGCCCGGGUUUCAAGAACUGUUCCAGCUGCCCCAGUGGAUAUCUUUUAGACUUGGGAGUGUGUCAGAUGGGAGCCAUCUGCAAGGAUGGAGAAUAUAUGGAUGAGCAAGGCCACUGCCGUGCCUGUGAAGCCUCAUGUGCCACGUGCUGGGGACCAACUCAAGACGACUGUACCAGCUGCCCCAUAACCAGGGUUUUUGAUGAUGGCCGCUGCAUUUGGAAUUGCCCCUCAUGGAAGUUUGAACUUAAAAAGCAAUGCCAUCCGUGCCACCACAGUUGCCAAGGAUGCCAAGGAAGCGGGCCUUCCAACUGUACCUCCUGUGGAGCAGACAAGCAUGGUCGGGAGCGCUUCCUAUACCAGGGAGAAUGUCGGGAGAGCUGCCCUGUGGGCCAUUAUCCUGCCAAGGGACACGCCUGCCUGCCCUGUCCAGACAACUGUGAGCUUUGCUACAAUCCGCAUGUCUGCAGUCGAUGCAUGAGUGGCUACUUCAUCGUGCCCACCAACCACACCUGCCAGAGGCUGGAGUGCGGACAAGGUGAAUUCCAGGAUUCUGAGUAUGAAGAAUGCAUGCCUUGUGAGGAAGGAUGUCUGGGAUGCUCUGUGGAUGAUCCAGGAGCCUGUACCUCGUGCGCUGCAGGAUACUACAUGUUUGAGCGGCAUUGUUAUAAAGUCUGUCCUGAAAAGACCUUCAGUGCGGGAUGGGAGUGCAGAGCCGGUGGCCCCAACUGUGGCAACUGCGACCAGCUUGAGUGCUUGUGUGAGGAGGGCUUCUUUCUCUCGGGUGGCAGCUGUGUGCAGGAUUGUGGCCCUGGCUUCUAUGGAGACCAAGAGUUGGGAGAGUGUCAGCCCUGCCACCAAGCCUGUGAGACUUGUACCGGGCUUGGGCUACAACCAUGCAGCAGCUGUCAAGAAGGAUUGCAGCUGUGGCAGGGGGCAUGUGUCUGGCGCACAGGACCCCAAGUGGGGGAAGACAAGUUCCGGAAUGAUGCCACAAAGCAAUAUCAACCUUGCCAUUCUUCCUGUAAGACCUGCGAUGGAUCUGAAACUCUCUGCACUUCAUGUCCAGCAGGUACAUACCUGUGGCUGCAGACCUGUGUGCCCUCCUGUCCCCAAGGCACAUGGCCGUCGCUCGGGAGCGGCAGCUGCUGAGAACAGUAAGGUGCCUGAAGACUGUGCCUCCGUUGCACUGGGGCUGACCUUUGCCAGAAGUGCCUGAGUCAGCCGGACAACCUUCUGCUCCUCCAUGAGGGCCGCUGCUACCAUAGUUGCCCCGAGGGCUUCUACGCAAAAGACGGGAUUUGUGAACACUGCAGCUCCCCUUGCAGAACAUGCGAGGGAAAUGCUACCAACUGUCACUCUUGUGAAGGAGACUUUGUCCUAGACCAUGGGGUAUGCUUGAAAACUUGUCCUGAAAGGCACGUGGCCGUAGAAGGCGUCUGCAAACCACUGUCCAGAAAAAAUUGCCAGGACUGCAUCCAUGAGGAAACUUGCAAAGAGUGCAUGCCUAACUUCUUCCUGCACGAUGACAAGUGCCAUCCCUCCUGUCCCAAGCACUUUUAUCCUGACUUGGGCCAGUGUGUCUCCUGCCAUAAAAACUGCCUGGAGUGCAGUGGCCCCAAGGAAGAUGACUGUGUGGGCUGUGCUGAUUCUUCCAAGGUUCUCUACAACGGGCUGUGUCUGGACGUGUGCCCUGAGGGAACCUACAAAGACGAGGGGACUGACAAAUGCGAAGAUUGCCCCGAGUUUUGCCGGAUCUGCUCAUCAGAUUGGACCUGCCUGGCUUGUCAGGAAGGCCUGACGAUCGUGAAUGAGGUCUGCACAGCGCCUAAGGAGUGCGCAGCUGUCGAGUACUGGGAUGAGGGCACUCACAGGUGCCAGCCGUGUCACAGGAAGUGCUCCCGCUGCUCAGGGCCUGCCGAGGACCAGUGCUACACCUGCCCUGGAGAGACUCUUCUUCUCAACACGACCUGUGUUAAAAGCUGUCCAGAAGGCUACCACACUGACAAGGACAGCGGCCGGUGUGUGCCCUGCCACUACUCCUGCAGGACCUGUGAAGGACCCCACAGCAUGCAAUGCCAUUCCUGCCGACCUGGCUGGUUCCAGCUGGGCAAAGAGUGCUUGCUGCAAUGUAGGGAUGGAUAUUACGGAGAAAGCACCAGUGGUCGGUGUGAGAAGUGUGACAAGAGCUGCAAGGCAUGCCGGGGCCCGCGGCCCACAGACUGCCAGGCUUGCGAUACAUUUUUCUUUCUCCUGCGCUCUAAGGGACAGUGUCACCGCACCUGCCCAGAGCACUACUAUGCAGACCAACAGGCGCAGACUUGUGAGAGGUGCCACCCAACAUGUGACAAAUGUAACGGAAAGAAGGCAUGGAAUUGCUUGUCCUGUGUGUGGAGCUACCACCUUCUGGGAGGAAUGUGUGUCUCGGAGUGUCCUGUAGGGGAAUACAGAGAUGGAGAGGGAGAAAACUUCAGCUGUAAAAAAUGCCAUGAGAGCUGCAUAGAGUGCAAGGGACCCGGAGCCAAGAACUGCACUGUGUGCUCAACCGGCCUGCUACUGAACAUGGACAACAGCCGCUGCCUCCGCUGCUGCAACGCUUCCCACCCCCUCGGCUCCCAGGACUGCUGUGACUGCCAGAGCACCACAGAGGAGUGCAUCCUUCCGGCCAGCGAGGCUCCGCCCUUGGAGCACGCCAAGAUCGCUUUGCUGGUGGCCUCGGGUGUUAUGCUGCUACUGCUGUUGGGGGCCGCUGUGCUCGUGUGGCGGAAGUCUCGAAGCCGACCUGUGGCGAAGGGGCGCUACGAAAAGCUGACGGAACCCACCGUGUCAUACUCCUCCUACAGACGCAGCUAUAUUGAGGAGGACCAGGUGAUUGAGUACAGGGACAGGGACUAUGAUGAAGAUGAUGAGGAUGACAUCGUCUACAUGGGCCAAGAUGGCACUGUCUACCGGAAGUUCAAGUACGGGCUGCUGGACGAGGAAGAAGAUGAUGAGUUGGAGUAUGACGAUGAGAGCUAUUCCUACCAAUAAUCUAGGCCUAGUGGU